AUGUCGCGUUUCGAUCAUACCAGCAUGCCACCACCACCACCAGCAUCAGCGAUACAUCAUCAGGUUGAUAAAUUGCCAAGUAUCACUCUUCUUCCAUCGUUGGGUGUUUCAUCCAUCAAUCCUAUUGAAACGCUACCUUCAUCUUCACAUGUUGGUACAACAACAACAACAGCAGCAGUAUCGGCUACCGACAUGCAAAGAUUGAUGGCAGCACGAUACCACCAGCAGCAUCAUCAUCCUCUUGAUCAUCAUCAUUCUCCACCUCUUACACCUACUACAGCAUCAUCAUCGCCGUAUUUUGUGGAUUGGAUGGAAUACAACAAACGCAGGUAUUCAGCUGCUGAUGUUGGUCCUUUUGGAUUACGCAUCUCGAAUCAAAACCACCAUGUCAUGGAUGAUAGCACUACAACAGCGAGAAGAGCAUCCUCAGCAGCAACAAGUCAUAUGAUGAUGGAUCCAUCUUCAGAUAACAACAAUCAUGCAACUAUGUCCUAUCGCACCAUGCAUGAAUACGAUGCAAUGCUUGAAACAUCUCAUUUUCAGCAGCAGCAGCAUGUGCCAAACAACGAGGAGGAGGCGGCAAGUCGACGAAAUUCUUCGCGACGUCGAUCCUCAGGUAGCAGCAGUAGCAACGAGAACAACAAUGGCAGCGUUAAUAAGCAUGUAUGCAAAUACGCAUAUUGCGGUUGGAGUUUCAAACGCUAUGAGCAUCUCAAACGCCACAUGCUUGUGCAUACGGGUGAACGUCCUUUUGCAUGUCAAUAUCCUGGUUGCGGUAAGACGUUUAGUCGAUCCGAUAAUUUCAGGGCACAUUGUCGCACACACAGCAAAAAGUCACCCACAAGUAGUAGUGCCUUUUUCAAGGAUCAUGACAACUAUUAUACUUCUUCAUCAUCAAGCAGCAACAUCACAAGAACAACGACUGCUGCAGCUGUCUCUGAGCCUUUGCUUCCACCCACAAGUCUAUUGAGCAGCAAUGAUCAAGACACGGCUGGGUAUAUGGAUCGAUUGCCAUCGUUGGAUUAUCAUUCGUCUUAUUACCAUCCAGGCUACACUACUUCACCAUUGCAACAACCACCUCCUUUACCCGACAUCGCCUCACCUUCACCUUUCCAUAUGCCAUCUUCCUCUCCUUCUACGACUAUGGUAUCAUCAUCCAGGAAAAGCAGCACAAGCAAGCAACGCAAGGGUAGCACUGAUAAGCAUGCUCGAUCCCAUGUAUGCCCUCAUGUAGAAUGCCAACGACCUUUUAAGCGACUCGAGCACUUGAAACGACACAUGCGUAUCCAUACCCUUGAGCGACCUUUUUCAUGCAAUUACCCUGGUUGUCAAAAGACAUUUUCACGAUCGGAUAACCUUUCUCAGCAUAUGAAGACACAUCAACGCCGUGAAGAAACCAGACAAGGACAACCUCUUUUGCUGUAG